GUACGAAACAAAGUCUAUAGUCGAAUAUUGUCACUGCGUUCUCCAAAUAUUUCUGGGACCAGAUCUCCGCAGGAACUUUUUAAAGCUUCAGGUUUGAUGCAGAAAUGGGUGAAUAGAGAAUUAUCUAACUUUGACUACCUUAUUCAGCUGAACACAAUGGCAGGACGAACUUACAAUGACCUUGCUCAAUAUCCUGUGUUCCCCUGGAUUUUACGAGAUUAUACUUCGGAAGAACUGGACCUGAAUAAUCCUGCAGUUUUUCGGGAUCUGUCCAAACCCAUAGGGGUGGUAAAUGAAAAGAACGCUAAGGCUGUGAAAGAAAAAUAUGAGAAUUUUGAGGAUCCCCUUGGGAUAAUUGACAAAUUUCACUAUGGGACACAUUACUCAAAUGCUGCUGGUGUCAUGCAUUAUCUCAUUCGGGUAGAACCUUUCACAACACUUCAUAUCCAACUUCAAAGUGGCAGAUUCGACUGUGCUGACAGGCAGUUCCACUCUAUUCCUGCUACCUGGCAGGCGCUCAUGGACAACCCCAAUGAUGUCAAGGAACUUAUCCCAGAGUUCUUCUACUUCCCAGAGUUCCUGGAGAAUCAAAAUGGUUUUAACUUAGGUCAGCUUCAGAUAUCCAAAGAGGUGGUAAAUGAUGUUGUUCUCCCCAAAUGGGCCCACUCCCCAGAAGACUUCAUUUAUAAACACAGGAAGGCUCUGGAAUCUGAAUAUGUUUCUGCUCAUCUUCAUGAAUGGAUAGAUUUGAUUUUUGGCUACAAGCAGAGGGGACCAGCUUCAGUGGAGGCGCUCAAUGUGUUCUAUUAUUGUACUUAUGAAGGGGCUGUGGAUUUGGAUGCUUUAAUGGAUGAGAAAGAAAGGAAAGCUUUAGAAGGGAUGAUAAACAAUUUUGGGCAAACUCCUUGCCAGCUGUUAAAGGAGCCCCAUCCCCAAAGGCUGUCAGCAGAAGAGGUAGUGCAAAGACUAACUAAAAGUGAUACCUCUACUCUGAAUCUCUUCCAACACCUCACUGAACUGAAGUCAUUCUUCAUAGAGGGAAUCAGUGAUGGUGUGCCCAUUGUCAAAGCUGUUGUCCCCAGGAAUCAAUCACGUUCCUUUAUUUCUCAGGGAAGCCCAGAGAUCUUGGUAACAGCAAGUCUGAACUGCAUUAUUGGAACUCAUGGUUGGCUACCUUAUGAUAAAAACAUCUCCAACUAUUUUACAUUCAUCAGAGAUACUACAGUGACAAAUCCCAAAACACAACGCAACCUGAGUGGUCCUUUUGCACCGGGGCUGGAGAUCACCUCUAAGUUGUUUGCAAUAUCCCAUGAUGCAAAACUACUCUUUAGUGGAGGACACUGGGACAAUAGCAUCAGAGUGACAUCUCUUACAAAAGGCAAGCUGAUUGGACAGCACAUCAGGCACAUGGAUAUUGUUACCUGCUUGGCAAUAGACUACUGUGGAAUUCAUUUAAUUUCAGGCUCCAGAGAUACUACCUGCAUGAUAUGGCAAAUAGUUCAUCAGGGAGGAGUGCCUGUAGGCCUGGCACCUAAGCCAUUACAGAUCCUUUAUGGGCAUACUGAUGAAGUUUUGAGUGUUGGCAUCAGCACUGAACUGGAUAUGGCAGUGUCAGGAUCCAGGGAUGGGACUGUUAUUGUCCGUACUAUUCGGAAAGGUCAGUACGUGAGGACUUUGCGACCACCUUGUGAGAGUUCUCUCCUGCUGACUGUUCCCAAUCUGGCUGUGUCCUGGGAAGGCCAUAUAGUUGUCCACAGCAGCAUAGAAGGGAAGACUACUCUUAAGGAUAAGAAUGCAUUACAUCUGUAUUCUGUCAAUGGAAAAUAUCUGGGUUCUGAGACUCUGAAGGAGGAAGUGUCAGAUAUGUGUGUGACUGGUGAAUAUAUCGUGAUGGGCAGCUUACAGGGAUUUCUUUCCAUACGGGAUCUCUACAGCCUGAGUCUGAGCAUCUCCCCCUUAGCCAUGCGACUGCCAAUUCAUUGCAUUUCUGUCACCAAAGAGUAUAGCCACAUCCUUGUUGGCUUGGAGGACGGCAAGUUGAUUAUCGUUGGUGUUGGCAAGCCAGCAGAGAUGCGCUCAGGUCAGCUUUCCCGAAAGCUGUGGGGAUCAAGCAAACGGCUCAGCCAGAUUUCGUCAGGAGAGACUGAAUAUAACACUCAAGAUUCCAAGUGA